AAGGAAAAUAUGUUCUUAAAAUAAUAUUGAGAACAUUUGAAAAAGUCUCAUUUUGUACUUUUUAAUUGGAUGAAACAAGAAAAGCAGUAAAAUAGAACAGGCGGCAUUUUCAUACUGCCAUAAUCACGCUUGGCAUUUUUAAAGAAAUUUAACGAAAACUACAAGGCGGCCAUUUUGGUUAUAUGCUCGUCGAAUUUUUGAUGUUCGUCAAGUUAUUUCGCAUAUCUCUACGUCUCUAUCUCGCACAUAGAUUCUGGAAUUGAAUUUGUGUUGCUGGCGAUGAAAAAUCGAACGAACGCGGCCAUAAUUUGCUGCCAUCGACAGUUUGGUACGGCACUUCUAGGCGUUUGGAAUAUUUUUCUUCUUACAACGGCAAUUUUUGUACAGUGUUGCCUUUUUUUGGCCGCAGUGGUGUAUUUAAGGAACAGUAGCAGUAAAAUAUAAUAUACAAAUUAUUAAAUUGAGUGCAUAGGAAUAUCUUUGGGGGUAGAAAUUAAUUGGAUCGAAUUUUCGUACUAUUGUUAACGCUAUAAAAUAUCAGCUUUGACGGCGCCUAGACGCGUCUUGGUGGCUUAUCUUCCGGUUUCGUCAGAUAGCAAACAAUGAACAAUCAGAUGAAUAACGCAGUACGCAAAAUUCACAACUUGCACUCGAGCGGUGCAGUGACCGUUACCGGUCUUAGCCAGCCUCGCAUAUUAAAACAAAAAGUUGGCUCGGGCAUUGUGACAUCCAGCAACACCCAUAGUCUUCAACAACAGACAACACAUGUAAAUAGCACAAAUCGUUGCUAUGUCUGCGAUGAUGCACUGGGUGCAAGUCAACAACAAAAUUUGCUCACCGAAACACAAACAUCGCAUACGGCUACUAAGUUCCCGAAUAAAAUUGGUCAGCUGGUAGGUGAUGCAUUCAUGGUAAUCGUUAGCGUAGACGAUGUUGUUUGCGCACGUUGUACAAACCUGCUUAAUUAUUUGGAUCGGUUGGAGAACGAUGUGGAGCGUGUACGCACCAAUUUAAUGAAUUUGCUGCAUAAGAAGUAUGGUUUGAAUGAUGACAGUGGUGGUGGGGCAGUAUCGCCUCCGAUAAAAAUGCAGAAGCUAAAUAGUGGUACAGCUGCACGCACUGUGGAAGAAACAAGUAAUGAUGUGGGUCGCGUACGCAAAGUACUACAUACAGUAGCUGGUGAUUCAAGUGUAGGAAAGCAGUCGCCUCCAGUUGUAAGUGCAGUCCAACAAAUGAAAAUAUCCACACCAAGCGGAACCCAAAAUACUUCAGUUGGAGGCACACAAACGUUUCAACGGAAAACUACCAGAAUUUACAAGUGUAUAACAUGCGAUUAUAAGACAUCUGAUAUGCGGUUAUUUAAUACUCACUAUGAGACAUGCAAAUCACAAAAUUUCCAAUGCAAAAAUUGUAAGAAAAUCUUCCCGAACUUUGGUACCAUGAAGCAGCAUAUGGUGCGGGAACACAACACCACUAUGGACAAUACAUGUGCGGUAUGCCAUAUAAAUUUUGUAAAUGAGCCGGCAUUACGCAAACACAUGGAAGCAAAUCACAGUACCAAUGUAGUGGUGACAAGUACGACGACGAUACCAGCCACGCAACAGGCUACCAGUGAUUCGGCUACUGGAGCAACAACGCCACUUUACACAUGUAAUCAUUGUCAAUUCAAAUCCACAGAUAAGGCAUUAUUCGAUGAGCAUUUUAGAAAACAUUUAUCUGGUGUAAAACCUAAACCAUUUAAAUGUCGGUUAUGCGCCCAACGCUUUGAGACACGUGAUGCAGCCACACAACAUGCUAGACAACAUCAGCCUAAUUACUUCAAAUGUGGCACCUGCUCAAUGUCCUUCCCCAAACGUGAAUUACUGGUAAAACACUUCGAGGUACAUCAGCAGCCACAACAGCAACAGCAGCAAACCACAAAUACCACCGUUGUGCAACAUCAGCAGGUUGUUACACAGUCUGCGCCGGUGGUGAAACAAAUAACGACAACUAAAUCACAGGCUACUACCCAAAACCUUCUAACAACACAAAAACUAUUACAAGAAACCAUUGACGAGGCAUUAAGUGACAAUACUGUAAAUACUGUUGUAAGUAGUGGUGGUGGUACCACAGACGUUGCAUCCGCAGCCAACAAUAUACGCUUCUUUUCAUGCCACAUAUGCUCAUUGACAUUCUUACAAGAGCACUAUUAUAAUCAACACAUGGAGUCACAUAGUCAAGAUAAGGAGGGUGUUGGUAGUGGUGGCACCAGUGGCACGACAAUUACAACAUCUACAUCCGCAACUUCAAGUGGUGGUAAUAUGCUACAUCCGAGUGCUGCCGCACUUCUAAAUGACGAUAACAAGGGCGAAGGCGGUGAUAGUGGCGAUUUGUUAGGUCAUCAUGGUGGUGGUAGCGGCAUGGAAGCUGAUAUAGAAAGUAUUUUUGAAAAAAUGCACUCGGAAAAGAACGACAGCGUUGGCGAUGGAAUAUCUGUGACAUCAGCAAACGCCGCUUCGGUAACUAAUACCACUACAUCAGCUGGACAAGGCGGUAAUGACAACUUAGUUAUUACAUCACAACAAAGUUCGGGAGGCAUCACGUUUAACAUAACAAUUCCCCAACCUGAUGCUGGAGCGGCAUCAGAGGCAAGCGAGGACAUAAAGUCUAUAUCUACAACUACUGCCCCGGUAUCCGUUAGCAUAGAUAUGCCAGUGUUAGACCAACCUGACGAAGCCAUGACCUCAACGACUGCCAAAGUGGAAGGCAAAGUUAAGGAAGAUCACGAUAGUAGUACCAGUGCUGAUAGAAAGAUCUCUGCUCCGGUUAGUAUGCCCAGCUUAGAUGACGAUAAUGACUCCCAGGAGCAUAUACAAACACAUGCGCCGCAAAAUGAUUUAUCCGCUGCAGAGUCAAAGAAAGUUGCAGACAGUGCUGAUAAGAAUACGCAAGAAGCGGAUUUAGACAAAUCAAAAGAAACAACACAAACGACAAAAGAUGGCGAAGGUGCGAGCGACUCACCUGCUGGUGAAGAGGCAAGUGCGAGUGCUGCAGGUGCCGCCGAUGCCAAUGCCGAAAGUCAACAAGAGCAAGCUGCAACUGCUGCAGAUGGCGAAGGCGAUCAUCAUCAACAGCAAGUAGCCAUGGAAUUAGAUGAGGCGAUGCAAGCACAAGUAGAAGGUGGUCAAAUAAAAUUCAUACUUAAUGAAAACGGACAACUGCUGCAGUUGGAUAAUCACAUCAUCACCGAUGCUGAUGGCAAUCAGAUUUUAGUGCAGGAUAGUGAACAAAUUCAGCAACUACUCCAAAGUGCUGGCUUGUUGCAAUCUGGUGACGGUAUUGAUGGUGAAACAUUGCAAAUGAUGACCGAUGGCAAUGGUCAAAUGGUUUUAGUGCAGGGCGAAAAUAAUGAAACCCAGUUGAUUGAUGCCUCACUUUUGAAUGCCGAAGGCCAAUUGGUUAUACAACAAGGUCAUGACGGUGAAUUGGGUGAGGGUGCGCAUGUAAUCGGGGAAGAUGGUACACGUAUACCAGUAUCAGUGUCAUAUACUGCCGAUGGCCAACCAAUUGUGAGAGUUCAACAGCAAGUGUUGGAAUCAGGUGGCGCUGAAGAUGAACAUCAUCAACAAGAGGCGGCAAACCCGGAGGAAGGCACAGCACCGGCGGCGGUCGAGAAUGCAACAGCGGUAGCAACAUCUGCGGCAACUAACAGUGCUGAUGCUACAAGUGCUUCCGGCAGUGAAGCAAAUGUAUCUGCGGCCGGUGGAGUUGGUACUGAAAGUAGUAGCGGUGGUGGCGCCGGUAGUGAUUUUUUCCCUUUGGAGGAUCUGAUGCAGCAAUCGGCAGAAAAUAAACCCGCGGAAUAGGAAUGGCUUUAGGAAAGCAUUAAUUGUACAAUUAUUGCGGACGAAUGGAAUUUCUAAAAUUUUAACUUGUGCAAAACACCAGCAUGAUAUGGUGAGUUUGUCGGAACUAAAAGUACCACACUAGCAAAAGCUGAUGAUGGAUUAACACCCAGGAGACGCGGAAUUUGGCUUAUAUGGCAAGUUAAACAACUGAAAAUAGUUUUUUAUAUAUAUUUUAAAUGAACAGUUGCAAAGCUAGCACAUAGAUAACUAUUAAUUUACUGUAGUUAUUUUUAAGUUGUAAAAUAAUGUGAAACAACAUAAAAUAAUAUUAAAAAAGAGAUAAAUAGAAAUUUUAAAUUUUGAGUCUUAUAAGGUACUUGUGAGAAAUGAGUACAGAUAAAGAAAUAUAUAUUUAUAUUUAUAAAUGUGGGAUAAUGCAUAGAGUGUGCAGUUCGAAAAGCAAAACUAACUAGGUAUAGGCACUUGAAUAUUAUAAAUAAAGUUAAUUUUGUGUAACUGUAAAGUAAGUAAGUGAAGAUAUUGAGAACUUCUAAUAAAACGGAUAAAUCUUACAUUA